CACAAAUAUCGGCCCUUGAUGGCAAGUUGAUGCCCCCCUCGCACGACCAUGCGAGUACAAGUCCAAGUGGUCAUCCAUCCAUCCAUCCAUUCAUGCAUCAUGAUCAGGACGUACACACGACAGCAGGCAAUCAGGACUGAUGCUUGUAGACAGACAUACGUCAACAGAGCCAGAAACCAAUGUCGAUCGAUGAUCGAUCGAUCGAUCGAUCGAUCGAGAAGCGAAAGAGGAACCAUUGACCAACCAAACAGACGAAGAAGCCCAAAGAGGCACACACCCACCCCGCACUCAGUUUUUUGGCACGGUCUGCUGCGCCCUCAGCUCUCUGAAAUGAGUAGCCGCUUCGAUCACAACCUGCAGCACGCACACGACAAGGCGCCACAUCCACAAAAAGGGGGCGGACCGUCAUGUACAGGGAUGAGUCAUGAGUGCAUACCUUUCGAUCUGGGGAUCUCUUGACGGGUAUGUGGUUGAGGUUGAUGCGCCCGUUGACGAUGAGCAGUGGGUUGGCCUGGCUGAGAACCUCCUCGCUCACCGACACGCCGUCGAGGAACUGCUUCAGGAUCGACUUGAGCUGGUGGUUCUCCUGCUCCAAACGAGACGUCUCCUUGUCGAUCGCCAACCUGCACACAGAGACAAGUUGGUAAGAAAGAGAGAGAGAGAGAGUGUGUGUGGUGGAUGGUGGGUGGGCGGAUAAGCUGGUCCCCGACCGACUGACUUGUCGAGCAUGACUUUGUUGUAUCUCUUGAGGAACGUGUCGAGAUACGACCACUCAUCGACACCCACAUCGCUCAACGCAUCCUGAAGAACAAAGGGAGAAACGAGAGACAGCACGUACAGACGGGCCACUCUCUUUUUCUCUUCCAUCCAUCUACUCACCCUGACUUCCUCCCUGAAGUCCUCCUGGUCCCACUGCAGCUCGUCCACAUCCACAUCGCGACUCAGGUAGAAAGACAAUACCUUCUCGCGCUCUGUCUCGUACUUACUGCAGGCAAACGGGCAGGCAGGCGGCAAACCAGGCAAGGACACCCACACGCACACAUCCCCAUGAACAGGCCAGCAGAGAUGAAAGAGGCUCACUUGCAGAGCUCUGCUGUCCUGAGUAUCCGCUCGCCCAUCUUGAUCUGCUCCUGCAGCUUCUGAAGGCACUCCUUUGCGUUGGUCGUCAGGUCCGCCAGACGACCGCGCUCCUCCUCCCUGCACACAUCCAGGAGCAGUGCACGAUCAUUCGCAGGCCGACAGAGACACGAACGUGUGUGUUCCGCAUCGCCUACCUCAUUUUUGCCAUUUUGGCUUUGAGUUCUUGAAAGUGCCUCUGAAUCUGCUCCUUCUCUGUCCGGAGCUGGGCGUUGCGGACCUCACACUCCUGAGGGAAAGAAGAAAUAUUGCAGACAGACGAAUGAAUGAGUCCCGGCUGCAGCGGCUUGGCUUACUGACCUGUUUGUUCUGUGCGAUCUUCAUUUUCCAGUGGGCAAUGCUCGACUGCAUCCUCUCCACCUGGGUGCAAUCAGCAACGAGUGGCUGGCUGGCAUGGCACUCCAGCUCGUGUGUCCGUCCCUGCCCACAUCCGUACCGCUCUGAGCUUCUGGUCGACCUUUCUCGAGAGGUGUGCGUCCUGCUGCAGCAGCCGCUUGUACUCCUGUGCGUGGCUGUCGGUGUUGUCGCGGUAGUUCUGCAGUGCUGUGUUGCAGCGCUCUUUGAUCUGGUCAAUGAUCUCCUCAAGACGGGACUUCAUCUGAUGGUCCUCCUCGAUGUUACGAUUGCGGAUCAACUCAUACCUGACACGCAGUCCCAUACACAUGUCUCAUGGGGUGGCGGCGGGAGUCUCUGUCUGUCUCUGUCUCUGUCUCUGUCUCAGUGGCUCACUCACUGUGUGUUAUGUUCGGUGGUUUCCAUCUGCUCUCUGCCCUUCUCCUCGUUGUCAAUCCGCUGCACCACGAUCUGCAGCUCCGACUUGAACAGGUUGUGCGCCUCCAUAAUGUGCUCUCGCUCAGUCAAGAACUCGCUCUCGAUCUCCUUGACCAUCCGCAGAAACUCCUCCUCCAGACCCUGAGGCACAGACACACAUAUAGCAGUGUCUCCCGCAGUGUCUCCCCCGCUCGACGGACUCACCUCUAGCCUGCUCUGUUGUAUUUCGAAGAGCUUGUCGAUGUUCAUGAGGUGCGAGCGGACGAUGGUGAGCUGCUGCUCCUCCGACUCAUUGAGGUCCCUGUCGUACAUCUGCAGCAGCGCAUCCUUGCGCUCUAAGUCGCGGUCGAAGAUCUGCGAGAGCACUUCCGUCUCCAGCUUCAGAUCCUUCGUCUGCACGACAGAGAGGAAGGGAACAUACAAGAUGUGUCCGCGAACACAGAGGGAGGGCUCUGGCGUGUUGCUUCAGUGAUGACCUUUGCCGCCCUCAUGACGCGCAGCCAGCUCUCCUGCACUUUGUUGAGAUUCAUCUUGGUGUUCUUGGCCUCCAUUAAAGCCAUCGACUGCAUAAACACACACACACAUACCAACACAGAUACACAACGCACAAGGGCCAUCCCAUCCAUCCGUUCAGCCGUCCACCCAGCUGCCUACAGCUGCCUGACCUUGAGAAACUUUUUCUUGUAGGCUGUCUGCAGCUGUUCCCUCUCCUCCUCUCCCAUGGCCUUAAUCGUCUCCAUCAGCUGCACCUCUGCCGCAGGCAUCGGCCAUCGACGCAGGCCCUUGAAGUCCAGGGCGCUGGGUAGGCUCUUGUUGUACUUGGCCUCCGCCGCCGCCGCAGCGGGGUCCUCCUCGGGAGGUGGAGCAGCAGCAGCGGCUGCACUGGGUUCUCCACUCGCCAUGACGGGUGUGCUUUUCGGGGACUGCACUGGGGCUCGCAAUCGUGCAAGCUCGCACAU